GCCAACCAUGUCUGUUCCAAACACCCAUCCUGAGACGGAGCUUCUCUUCAGCCUAUAUAUUUGGGGGCGUUUCAUGUCGUCCUGCGUCCUGAGAUAACUGCCUUUCAUUGUGAAGAAGUCACAAGAAGAGGAAAGAGUUUUAGUUUUUCAAUAAGACCUGUGCUCUAUUCAGCCCUGGAGCUGUUGGACAGGAUGGCCGCUGGCGAGUGUCCCGGGAAGGCCAGUCAGAACCGGAUGGACCACCUCCUCAGUGCCGUGGACAGUGAGCUGCAGGCCGGCAGCGAGAAGGGCGACCCCACGGAGAAGGAGCUGAAAGUGUCCCUGGAUGAGAACGAGCUUUGGCAGAAAUUUAAGGAGCUUACAAAUGAAAUGAUAGUUACAAAGAAUGGCAGGCGCAUGUUUCCGGUGCUGAAAGUGAACGUGUCUGGAUUGGACCCGAACGCCAUGUAUUCCUUUUUGCUGGACUUCGCAUCUGCGGACAACCACAGGUGGAAAUACGUGAACGGGGAGUGGGUCCCAGGUGGCAAACCUGAGCCUCAGACUCCCAGCUGUGUGUACAUUCACCCGGACUCUCCAAACUUCGGGGCGCACUGGAUGAAAGCGCCCGUCUCCUUCAGUAAAGUCAAACUCACCAAUAAACUAAACGGAGGAGGUCAGAUAAUGUUAAAUUCCUUACACAAAUACGAGCCUCGCAUCCAUAUCGUGCGGGUUGGAGGCCCAAGGAGGAUGAUCACCAGCCACUCUUUCCCAGAGACUCAGUUCAUUGCAGUAACGGCAUACCAAAACGAAGAGAUAACUUCUCUUAAAAUAAAACACAACCCUUUUGCCAAGGCCUUUCUAGAUGCAAAAGAGAGAAGUGAUCACAAAGACAUAAGAGAAGAUGUCAAUGAAAGUCAGCAGUCGACUUACUCUCAUUGUGGUUGGUUUAUUCCAGGCACAGGCUCUCUCUGCCCUCCUGCCACUCCUCACAGCCAGUUUGGGAGUCCCAUCUCCCUCUCGCCGUCCCACGGCUGUGAGCGCUACUCCAACCUGAGGAACCACCGCUCUGCCCCCUACACCAGUCCGUACGCCCAUCGCACCAACUCACCCAUCGGUUACUCCGAUAACUCGUCAGCCUGCCUGUCAAUGCUAUCGAGCCAUGAUAACUGGUCCAGUCUUCAGAUGCCAACACACUCCAGCAUGAUGCCCAUGGCCCACAAUUCCACCUCUGGUACCAACUCUAGUCAGUACACCAGCCUGUGGUCUGUGAGUAACCCACCCCUGACUCCCGUGUCCCAGAAUGGGGGGAUAAACAACAGCCUGAGCUCCCAGUUCCUUCGGGGGUCCAGCAGCCACUACCCCAGCCUGUCUCACUCCGUUGCAGUGCCCUCCUCUGGCUCUCCCAUGUACGACAACAGCACAGCCACAGAAAUGCAUGACGCAUCUCAGUACGACAUCUCUCCACACGGACGACUGCCUUCAGCCUGGACUCCUGUGACACCUCCAUCCCUCUGAUGGAAGUGUGUCUCUGCAAACUUGGAGAGGUAUGACCAUGAAAUUAUGUCUGCAGGAUUUUAUUUUGAUGUCAGGAAAAAAAUCAACCACAAAAUAAAUAAGUUUUAUAUGUUUACAAAUCAGAUUUCACAGGCAAAAGACUGUCUUGGGGCGCUUGAAUUAAUCCUGAAAAUAAUUUUUCACUUCUCAAUUGGUACUAAUAAGAAGCUACAGAGACUUUGAGUUCUUGAAGUAGCCCUUUAAAAAUGUGCUAUGGUCUCAAUAAAUCCCAGAGAGUUUCUAUAUGUUUUUGAUAUUUUAUAUAUGUUCUCUAUUGUUUUUGGUUCAGCAAAUGUUUUUAUUUAGUAUAGCAGGGAAUACAUAUAUUUUAAUGUUUGUGAACCAAAAUCCAUUUUAACCUGCUUAUAUUAAGCAUAACUCCAUGAUAUUCACAGCAGUAAGCAAAUAAAAACAAUGUACAGUUUAAAAAUGUUAAAGGAUUUUAAACGUUGUUCAUAGUGUAGAGAAAGCAAUUGAGGUUUACCAUGUGAAUAGAUAAUGGCGCUUUUUGUACCACAAUGACGCCGUUUGAGAUAUUAUGUUCUGGAUUAUUUUUUAAAUGAAAUGAGAAGAGGAAUCUAAUGUCAAUAUUCUGCUAUGCAGACAAUACAAAACUUUCCAUAUCAUUA